UGGGUAUUUUUGCUCAGCUUUCCUGUGGAUUUAAGUUUAUUCAUACUGUCACAGUUUCAUUUACUGGUACAUUUACCUGUCAGGAUGUUUCUCCCCAACACAAGAGCGCUAGCUGUGGUGUGCUGGAUAAUGUGUGUGAGAAAUACAGCGUCCCAGGUAUCUGUUCCAGCCCCUACACUCAAGUUCGAUUCCUGGGUGAAUGAAAGUAAUAUUGUGCUAAACACUGUAUUACUUGUUUCCUGUGACGCCCCUAGCGGUGCUCCGUAUCCUGUAACUGUGUUUGUGGGCAAGCUAGAAAGCUCCUCACAGACCCCAAAGACCACAACACCGUGGGUGACCUCUAAUGUCGUCAAUAAUCCGACUUCAGUGAAUUUCAGUAUCCCCGCAAUACCCAAGUACGAAGGGAAAGUGGUGUGCUGGUACCGAUCCACUCGAACUGAACUGAAGAAUACUUAUUCUGAAUUCAGUAACACUGUUCCCUUAUUCGUAUCUGCCCUCCCUCCUCCCAAAGUGUCUUUGCACCCCAAUUUCGUUGUACAGGGUGGGAAUUACACUGUGUACUGCAAUUCAACCGCUAGUCCAGUCAGAAACUUCACAUUAAGUCUGUAUUACCGCAUCCUCCCUGUCACACCCGGAACCAACUGGACCUCCGCUGGUUCGGUGUUUCUUAAAGAUGGCAUUAGUAUCUAUUUAAGAGAGACGAAUGCAGCCGUCCAAAUAGAGUUUGUCUGCACUAUGGAGAUGUUGUACAGUGGAAAAGUUUUGCAUUCACUGCCGUCUAACAUUGAGCAAGCCUUGCCAGAAGAGCUUCCGGUUCGCCUCGGGGAGCAAGAUCAGGGAGAACGCUGUGUGGGAUACCUGAAGGUCAAGCUCAAAGGCAAGUGGGAACCAGUUUGUCAGAAGGAAUUUGAAUCAUAUGACGCUUUUAUUACGGCUAAAGUGGUGUGCAGGGAACUGGGAUGUGGGCACGUGCUGGAAUCGGAGAGGAUUUUAAAAAACGACUGGAAUUUCUCAAACACAAUCGGGGGUAUCAGAUGCAGUGGGAAAGAAGAAAAGACCAGAGAUUGCCCAAUGAAUGAAAUUGAAUUGUGCAAAAAGAGAGGCUUUCACUACAUAGUUUGUUCAGAUGCAUUGCCCCCUCCUAAACUGUCUGUGAUGACUUACGGUCCUGUCCCUGAAUUGUAUGUCAAGGAGAAACAAAAUGUGGAAUUCUCCUGCUCCAUUGACUCAGCUUAUUUAAAACCACAAGACUAUAGGUACAUCGUGUUUAGAAACAAUGGUACUGUUUUUAGAGAAAUGAACAUAGAUCGAGGCACCUCUGCAUCUAUCACACUUGAAUCAUUGCCUGGAGUAUAUGAUUGUUCAUACCAACUUCAUUCUUCAUCUCCAAACAUUAAGCCUAUGUCUCAGCCCAGCAACAAAGUCUUCGUUUACAUUUACAAACCUCCGGAUCCGGUACCAAUUGUUGCAGGUGUUCUCACAACUCUUAUUGGGGUAGCAAUUCUGACCUAUAUUUGUGUCUAUAGAACCGCGACACAAGAGGUACAGGGCAAUGAGUUUCCAGCAGAUUCCCAAGACCCAACAACAAAUGCUGAAAACCCAGAUCACAAUGUCUACAUACCACAGCAACUGUAGACCAAAGAAAAAUAAUUUAUGGCUUGAAAUGUAUUCAACUUCACUAUAAAAAUAUUUCACCCCUACAACUUUCCACAUGAAAUAUGACGUUUGAUGAAUUUUGCAAUGCAGUUGUACAAAGAAUUAUUGGAAAGGUUCAUUAACCCUUUCUUGCAUUAGUUAUGAUAACAUCAGUCAUGAAUUUAGUUAUUUCUCUGUGUUUUUAUUGCUCUUAGGGCAUGAAAAACAAGAUUUGAACAAGAUCAUUUUAAAACAUUGAUACCUUGAAAAAAAUAAAACAUUGAUAUCAAAGGUUCGGAAAUGAAAUCUAUGGUUUGUGAAUGUUUUAAAUAGUCUUAUGAAAUUGUUAUAAAAUUGUCUGUAAUGUACUAAAUUGUUGUGAUCUGUGCCGCUGUCUUGGCCAGGACUCCCUUGAAAAAGAGAUUAGUAAUCUCAAUGGGAUUUUUUUUCCUGGUUAAAUAAAGGCUAAUAAAUAAAUAA